GUCCUUGUCAGAAACCCUUGUCCUAGACUUAUGUGUAAGAUUCUUUCAAGGAUCCAUCUUUGCAAUAUAUUAACAUAACAACAUCAAAUGGAUUGAUAACAUCUUGUCUUGUCUCAAACAAUGAGUUCUCAGACCCCGAGUCUCUUUUGCCUACUCCUGUUUCUCCUCCUUACUUUGAGUCCGAGCCAUGCACAACUCGGGGUCGGUUACUAUCACAACUCGUGUCCUGACGUUGAAUCAAUCGUCAAAUCUGCAGUUAAACAGAAGUUGGAGCAGACAUUUGUUACAGCUCCAGCAACUCUUAGACUAUUCUUUCAUGACUGUUUCGUCCGGGGGUGUGAUGCUUCGGUGAUGCUAGCUUCUUCAUGGAACAAAAGUGCAGAGAAGGAUAAUCCGGAUAAUCUUUCAUUAGCUGGGGAUGGAUUCGACACAGUGAUGAAAGCCAAGGCUGCUGUUGAUAGUGUACCUCAGUGCCGUAACAAGGUUUCAUGUGCUGACAUCUUAGCCCUGGCUACUAGGGAUGUCAUAGCUUUGACUGGAGGGCCAUCUUAUGCAGUAGAAUUGGGACGACUUGAUGGUAGGAUCUCAACAAGAGCCAGCGUGCGUCAUCAUCUCCCUCAUCCAGAUUUCAAGUUAGGCAAGCUCAAGGCCAUGUUUGCCUCUCAUGGUCUCACUCUUACAGAUCUGGUUGCACUAUCAGGAGCACAUACAAUUGGGUUCUCACACUGCAGCCGGUUCUCCAAACGAAUUUACGAGUUUAAAAGCAAGAGCAGAAUUGAUCCUACACUUAAUCUGCCAUAUGCAAGACAGCUUCAGCAGAUGUGCCCGGAAAAUGUUGACCCGAGAAUGGCCAUUGAGAUGGACCCAAGCACGCCCCGAAUAUUCGAUAACAUGUACUACAUUAACCUUCAACAAGGGAAGGGACUUUUCACCUCUGAUCAGUCUUUGUUCACUAAUGCAAGGUCUAGAAAUAUUGUUAACCUAUUUGCAUCCAACAAUACUGCAUUUGAAGAGGCUUUUGUAGCUGCCAUAACCAAGCUUGGGAGAAUAGGGGUCAAGACAGGAAAACAAGGUGAAAUCAGGAAUGAUUGCUUUGUUCUAAACAAGAUUUCAUAAUUGAUUUGGCAUCAUCUUUCAUUGGUGUUAAGAAACAAACGUUGUAACUUGCAAGGGAACAAAAAGUUACAAAACUAUGAAGUCGGGACUCAUUUUCCUUUUUUUCUUGUAAAAGCUGCUAUCUCUAGCUAAAGGAAAUAUCAGCAACGUAAUCAUUUCAACUGUUGCUGCAUUGCAAAAAUGCAAGAUGUUAGGGUCAGGCUUCAACCAUAGGCUUAGGAAGAGAUUGCUCCUUCCGAGACCUGCUCGACUGUCGUGCAGAGUUGAAAAGGAUGUCUUUGAUAACCUAAAAGUUCAAAAGUAAUGGUUAAAUCUGAAGUAAGAGAAGAGGGUAGACUUAAAAA